AUGAGCAAACGAAAGAAUGUUGAUGAAAGUUCGGAUGAGUGCAACACAGUUUAUUGGGUUACCAUUGAAGAUGAAUCUGAUCAUGAUGAUGAUGACGAAUACGAUCAUGAGUCCAAUAAAAUGAUCGGAAUUGAAUUGGAAAUGGAAUGUACUCAAAUUUCUAAAAAAGCAAAAGUAGAUUCCGAUCAUCCUCUUCCUUCUACAUUCUCAUCCAAUGCAACGAUAAAUCAUUCAAAUCCAAUCUUGGAAAAAUUAAAAGAAAUGGACAAGAGUAUAAAUUUUAAAAGUAAGAAAAACUUUGAAGAGGCUUUUGCUUCCGUCGCUGAUUAUUUAUUGAAUCAUGUCGAAUUGGUAGCUCAAGGCAAAACAUUCCGAUUGGCAGAACUUGAGUUUUAUUAUACAUGUCCUCCAUUCCAUAAUGACCCAUUUAAUCAUUGCCAUUCACUGCAAACAACGAAAGGGGAGUGGUAUUUUCAUCAAUCGCCGUCUCAAAUCAAUAAUGACAAUUAUAGAGGAGGAAAUUAUAAAGGGUUAGACUUGUCGAUUGGUUGUGCAAAAUUUAAGGGAGGAAUUUUGAUUCGUUCAAUGAUUCAAUGUAGUGAUGAGAAAUUGAUUGAAGGACCUUCGUUAUGUGUGGAUGAAAUAUUGACACUGUAUGGAUGUAAAACCAUUCAUGAGUUUGUUACGAAAAACUUUCCAAAACAACGACAUUUUAAUGCAUUAGAUGAAACUUCUGCAGUUCAUUUGAGGGUGAGCACAACACCAAAAUCAGACACUUUCAUUCGAUCUGCGCGAGUUGGAUUGACAUUGAAACAAGAAAGCAACAAGAAGGAGAGAAUUGAGUUUAUUUUCAGGCCCUACAGAUUUUGUUUAAGGCCAGAAAAGAUGAAAAAAGGAAAGCAUUUAAUGGCAAUUGUAUUAUACAAGGAAUUUUUGGAUCAUGGUGAAACGGACAUUAUCAAAAAAGUAGAAAAAUUAAUUGGAACAAGUGGUCUUGCUAAAUAUUUCGAAACUUUCGAAGAAAAGAGAAGAAUUGCUUUUGAGUCUGCAUCGAAAAUUGACACGAAAAAGGUCAAAAAUUAUGAAAAAGACUUUACGACACAACAAAUUUAUGAGCUUGCUGGUAUUUUGUACAACAUUUUUGUGUAA